AUGAGCGUGUGGAUUGUUGCCACAAAUGGUGAAUGCACUACUGAUCCUGUGAUGGGAGAUGUGGCAGACACAGUUCCCUGCAUUCCUCAGAACGUGUCUGCUGUUGACACCUGUAGUUCAGACUCUGCCUCUUUCACAUGGAAUUUUGCCAGCGGUGCAAUCAUCUACAUCGGAAUGGCCGUGCAUGCGACUGGCACAGUUCACACCUGUGCUGCCAUGGCGACAGAAUGCACAUUCCCAGACCUGCAAUGCGGCGAGGAGUAUGAUGCGUAUGUCUUGUCAACUAACCUGAAAUGUAACAGUUCUGAGAGUCAACAUAUCACCCUGCAGACAGCCUUAUUUUCAUAUAACUCUCUCUUCUCUUCUCUAGCUCCCUGUGUUCCCACCAAUGUCGCUGCUGCUCUAAACUGUUCAUCCAACAUUGCUUCCAUCACCUGGUACAGUGCCCUUGGUGCCACUUGGUACUUGGUUAAGGCAGAAGGCAACCAAGGGUACAAGACGUCCUGCAACAACACUGUCACACACUGUGAUAUCCCAAACCUGCAGUGCGGACAGGAAUAUUCCAUCACAGUCAUGGGCAUGAAUGGUGACUGCAUGGGCCCGGCUAGCCAGCCUUUCACCCUCGUCUCAGCUCCAUGUCCCAACACUGGCAUUCGAGCCAGUCUGGACUGCAGCACCAACUCAGCACUCAUUUCUUGGACACCAGGCAACGGUUCACUAAGUUUCAAUGCAACACUGAAGUCUUUCCAGGACCCCCAGAAGCACAACUGCUUGACCAACGGCUCGUCCUGUAGCAUCAGUUCACUGCCGUGUGGUCAGCACUAUAACAUCUGUGUUACAGGAUACGGCCAGACCUGUUCAACCUCUUCUAAAUCCUUGGUCACUCUUGACACAGCUCCAUGUGUUCCCACUCAAGUCGAUGUGUCAUUAUCUUGUGGGUCGGACACGGCAUCUGUUUCCUGGGCAGCAUCUAGUGGCCUUGUUUCAUACUAUACAGUAACAGCAGUAGAUGAUAUUGGACAUACGCUAACCUGUAACUCCAGCAGCACUUCCUGUGACAUCACAGGCCUGGAGUGUGGUCAGAUGUACAACGUGUCAGUCACAGCUAUGAGCGUGGACUGCACUGGGCAACGUAGUGAAGUGCGUCGCAUCAAUACUGGUAUGAAUUUUCUCUAA